UUACCCAGCUCCCUUGCCUAAAGGUCAGUGGCUAGCGGGGAGGCAUCCGUGAUGUCCCGUGGAGAGAGACUCCGAGAGACAGCGAGGGUCAAGCAAGCAGCCAGGCAUCAGUCAGCUGUUCUGAGCCUGUGGUAUCUUCUGACUCAUCUGUCUGCUCCUGAAAUGGAGUACGCCUGGUACUGGCUCCAUGAUUCUGGGCAGUGGGUUGAAUAUGGGAAAAAGCAUCCGAAUCACUGCUGUGCCACGGUAACAUCUGCAGAUCUGGAGAAGGAAUUCCAAGACGACAAGGAAGGCAUUGCGUUAUUCAGGGCUGGUUCUCAAGCAUGGUACAAAUAAACUUGAUCUAUGAAACUGAAAGAAAAGUUCUCGGAUGGCCAAAAUUUCUGUCCUCUUAAGAUGGACCAGACAGAAGCCCAAACAUGACUCUAUCACAUUUCGUCUGUCCUCCUCAAUGGGACCAAUCUGCACUGCCUGAUAUCGGGUUCAAGUUGGUAGAGCUCAGCUGCACUUCUCAUGAAUAUAGAAAAAUUAAGAACCUGUUUGAGAAGACAAUGAAGGAUUUCUUCAUCCACCAACUGCAGAGGAUCCAGAACCCAAUGCUUUGGCAAGUUUUUCAGUGGCAAAAGGAGCAGAUGAAGAAGUUCAGUAAAUUGAAAUUGGUAGAUGAGCGACUUCUGUUCCAUGGGGUGAGUCUGUCCCAUGUGCCUGCCAUCUGUGAGCUGAACUUUGACUGGAGGAUGUGUGGGGCUCACGGGACGAUGUAUGGGAAAGGAAGCUACUUUGCCAGAGAUGCCAGCUAUUCUCACAAGUUCUGUUCCUCUCAAAGUAGUCGCUACAGCAUGUUUGUAGCUCAUGUUCUUGUGGGAGACUUUGUUCAGGGAAACCCCAAAUACCUUCUCCCUCCACCCAGAGGAGCCAGCAAUUCAAACAGACUUUAUGACAGCUGCAUGGCUGACCCAACAGACCCUUCCAUCUUUGUCAUCUUUGAGAAGCACCAGAUUUACCCUGCCUAUAUCUUAGAGUACAGCAGCAAUACCCGCGGUAUGAUCCUGUAGUGAAUGCUGGAUUCUCCUUUGAAUUUACACUGAAGAAAUUACACUUUAAUGCAUCUUUUUUUUAACAUUGUUCAAUUUUAGUAGUAGCUUUAGAACAUUUUGUAAUGCAGCAAACCAGUAUCAGAUCCCUGAAGGAUUUGGGGGCAUAGGAUUUCAGUAGCAGAAAGUGGUGAACUUUAAUCUCCACCUUAUUUCUAAGCCUGAAAUGGGGAUGUACCUGCCUUGCAUACCCUGAUGCAGUGACACCUACCUCUGUUGAAAGCGGCACUGCUGAAUAUAUGGUUAACUUGACCCACUGAUAUAGUCAGUUAGGCAUGAAUCCUACCUGUGAUGGUGCUAAUGUGCCAAAGGGAGACUGGGUGGGGAAUGUGGAAGGAGGAAAAGUGAAAGUAACUACAUCAUGGUGCACAAGAGAGGAAUCAUGGCCUGUCUUUCCAGUAAAUGGCAGGAAGCUCCUGCAUCCUGGAGGCUUUUUAAUCAAUACUGGCAAGGAACUUUCUUUCCUGGUCACGUUGCUGACAGCUCUUUUCAUGUUGUUCUGUGUCAAGUUUUCUCAUCUCCAUGGUACCCUGUCCUUGCUCUGUCCCCACUGUGUUGAGGUUAAGAGAAGCAGGGACAUUGCAACUGAUGAAGUUAGAUCCCCACCAUACCAUGGUACUAACAAUGAGGAAGUCGCAGAAUAACUGCACAUGGCAGUGUCCCACCAGGGCUGUGGAGCCAAUGCUUGCAGCAGUGGCCAGUGAGGCAAAGAGGUUUUGUGAGGGGUGGUCACUGGUGCAGCCACCCCCUUUCCCACCCUGCAGACUGAAGUUGGUUGUGGCUAUUUUGAAUUGCCCUGCUGCUGCCUGGCAUUUCUCCGGGUAUUUGAGAAGCACCCCAGCGGUAUGUGCUCCUGUUUUGAUGGACAGAAGACAGCUUGGUUGAUGGACAUAGUACUUGAAACUUGGUGGAUGGUGGGAUAACAUUUGGGAUUACCAAUAGCAUAGAAACAAAAAUUAAUGCUUUAUUUUAAAACAGUCUGGCUGUACAAGCUGUUAUAAUUCAGCAAAAGAGUCACAAGUGGUUCAUGCCAUGAGUGGGAAGAACCAAGAUUAGGGAUGUAUGUAGGAUCUCAUCAGCUUCCCUAAAGCCUGCUGUUUUCAGGUGCAAUCAGUGCCCUUAGAAGAUGUCAGAAAGGCAGCUGACUGCAGUGAGUCCUUGAGCUCUUCUAUUUAGUGCACUUCCAUGUCCCACCUCUUUUGCAGGAACCUAAAGUUUGUUCUUUUGCAAGUUAGUGAUCUAAUCUUGUCAACCACAGGUGAGCUUUCACCUGCAAUCACCUUCACCCAUGUAGUGGUUUAAGCCCAGCUGGUAACUCAGAACCACACAGCCGUUUGC